AUGGCGUCAGCUGCUGCUUCUCGCGGUCUCGCGCCAAACGCCUCUCUACCCGCCAAAGUGCAACCGAUCCCUCCAAAUCAGACUCUAUAUGUCACGAACCUCCCAUCAGCCAAGAUACAAAAACCUGACCUGCGAACGGCACUCUACAUGCUCUUCUCGACCUUUGGCCCGGUUCUCGACAUCGUCGCCCUCAAGACAAUGGAAAUGCGUGGCCAGGCACACAUUGUGUUUCGCGAUAUCCAGGCAGCAACUCAGGCAAUGAGAUCAUUGGAUGGACAGACCUUCUUGGGUCGCCCAAUGAAAAUCCAAUACGCCAAGUCCAAAUCGCAUUUCGUGGCCAAACUCGACGGCACGUUCAAGAUCCCCACGACGACAUCCGGCGCCGCCACUGUGGAACAGACCGAACUACAACAGAGCAUCUUCAACGCACCGCUACCCGGAACGGCCACCGAGAAACCCACAGCCCCAGCUGCCAGCCAAGCUGCGAAGAAUGCGGAAGAUGAAAAUCGCGGACAGAAGAGGACGCGCGACGAGGAGGAAGAGGAGAGCGAGGAGGAUGUGGCCAUGGAGGAGGACAGCGAUGACGAAUGA